UUUUCUCAGUAUUACAUUUUAGAAUGCUUGUCUUAUUUUUCUUCUUUCAGGUCGCUGAGAAUUUCAGAGAUCGACCAUGGGCAUUAAAGGUUUACAGGGAUUUGUGACAAAUGUUUGCCCUGAUGCAUGCAGAAGGGUAAAUCUGAAAGAACUGGCAGAAAGACACCGUGUCAAUCAUCCUGAUUUCCCUCCUGUUAUUGUAGUAGAUGCCAUGAGUUGUGUUAGACGCUGGUACACACCAGAAUCUUGGGUGUGUGGGGGCCAGUGGCAGGAGUAUCUUGCUAGCUUAGAGAAUUUUAUUGAAGCUUUUGAGGCAGCUGGUAUCAAGUUAGUGUUCUACUUCGAUGGUGUGGUGGAAGAAAAAAAGAGGGAUGAGUGGAUUAAAAGGAGGUUGCAGAAUAAAAAGGAAAUAGACAGACUAUUUCAGUUUAUCAAAACUCACAGGAAACAACCAGGCAGAGAAAUGUUUGUUAUUCCUUCUGCUUUACCUACUUUUACACGUUUUGCUCUAAAGUCACUCGGCCAAAAAACAGUAUGCACCUUGCAAGAGGCAGACUUUGAGGUGGCUGCUUAUGGAUUGCAACAUAAUUGCAUGGGGAUCCUUGGGCAAGACAGCGACUACCUCAUCUAUGAUACAUCUCCCUACUUUUCAAUUGAGAAGCUCUGUUUGGACAGACUGGUCACUGUUAUGUACUCCAGAGAAGACCUCUGCCAAGCGCUGGGUCUUACGGUGACUCACCUCCCCCUGUUUGCUUGCUUGCUUGGCAAUGACAUUGUCCCAGAAAGCUUGCUGGAAGGCUUUUGGCGUAAAUGUUUAGCCAUCUGCCCCCCCAGGAAAAGGAGCUACAGCAGAAGAGCUGACAUACUUAUCGCAGUAGCAAAUUACAUCUCGAAAAUUCCAUGCUCGUACAGCAGCCUGAAAGACUUGGAAAAGAUGCUACCUUUGGGAUCAGACAAGACAUUACUCUACAGGGGAAUGGAGUCCUACCUUUUGCCUGGGCAGCAGUCUCCAUGGCUUCCUCGUGAUGUGGCAAAUAUCCAGAAGUUCUCCAAUCAGCAAGAAACAGCCAUGUGUCCAGAUAAGGAAAUAUUUCAGUUAGCUAAAGAACAGCACAUCCAGUCUGAAAAUCACGUAGUCUUCAAUAUCCUGAGUAAUGGAGUGACCGAGUGCAGCAACUCUCUGGAAGAUGAUUGUGACACAGAGAUUCCUGGACAGGCGCUUAUCUUCCGUCCUGCACGUCAGCAUAUUUAUUCUGUCUUGCUGGAAUCUGGAAAAGAUGGAGCCUGUCCUUUGGUGGUAAAAGAGUGGUUUGUCUAUUUGGGAAAUCCUCUACAUCAACCAGAGCUGGUACAGCCUAUACAGCCUCCUGUUCCAGGUGGAACACCUAAUUUGAAAACACUGUGGUUUGCCAAAGGACCUGAUGUGGAAAAGCAACGGUAUAGUACAUUUCUGGCAUGCUUUCACCUUCAGGACUUGAUGGAAGAGCUCCAAGCUCUGGAAGCGCCUCAUGCAGGAUUCUGCUGCUUGAUAGCAUAUCUUUUUGUGCAGGUCAACAGCCUUUCUUUGGAGGACUUAAAUGCAUUUGUGGCACUCAUUCUGUGCCUCAAAGGGAAGGCAGCUGCUCAACUGGCAGGUUUGCAGCUUGCACAAGUGGACUCCAGGGCUGUGCAUCUUGGCGCUGUUUUUAUUCGUGGCCUUACAACUUUGCUCAUGGCCAACAGUGCCUGUGGCUUUCCAUUCAGAAUGGAUGAUUUGAUGCCAUGGAAAAUGUUUGAUGGGAAACUUUUUCAAGAAAAGUAUCAGCAGUCACAUCGCGGAUGCUCUUUGGAGGAGCUUUUGGAAGGCAAUGAGUCAUUGCACACACCCUUCCAGAACCUCAAGUCUCUCGUUUGCAAGGCUUGCAUGGCGAAGAACAGAAUAAUCCAGAGCAGACAGAGAGGGAAUGGAAUUAUCACAGGUUGGUAACAUGGUAAUUUUCCUCCAUAAAGCCAGGAUAUUGAUGAAUUCAAU